AUGUUCAGUAAAUUGAAAGGAAAAUUCACCAAGGUGAUACCACACUCAACAGAGGAAAAUGUGAAUGAGAACACUCCAGAACCAUCAUCGCAACCUUCUGUGGAAAAAGAUAAGAAAAAUGAUGUUGAAAAUGGGAAGUUGAAAGAAGAAAACAUGGCACAUUCAGACCCCAAGCAAGAAAAUAAACCAACAACUCCAAAACCAGAACCUUCUAAAGCUGAACAACCAAGGGAAUCAAAGGAACCAACUCUGAAGGAGAAGGCACAGGCAGACAAUGGGAAGGAAGAGAAUGCAGCCCCAGAAAAUAAACCACCGGAAAUCAUUAUCAAUGAAUAUGCACAAAUACAGCUGCAAGAUAUUGUCCAAAAAAUGCGAGAAAGAACAGCUACUUAUAAGGAAAAGGUGACUAAUCCAGUAAUCUCUUCACCAGAAGUCAGUCCAACUGCAUCACCCGAAAAGAAGCCGCCACCCCCUGCUGCCAAAGAAGAAAAGAAAGAGGAAAAGAAAGAAGAAAGCAAACCUGAGGAAAAGCCAAGUUCUAUAGUCAAGAAACAAUCCAUGAAAGAAUAUAUGAAAAAAUUGAAACUGCCAGAGACCAUAGAUGCAUUCACAGAUCGUCGCUAUUUAAUGUGGUUAUUCUUAGUUACUGCUGCUUAUAACUGGAACUGCUGGUUCAUCCCACUGCGAUUAGUAUUCCCAGUUCAAACAUCCAGCAACAUAAUAUACUGGAUUGCCAUAGACAUCUUAAGUGACAUCUGCUACAUCUGUGAUCUCCUGUUAUUUCAACCUCGAGUACAAUUUGUGCGAGGGGGAGAUAUAAUAACAGAUAAAGUAGAAAUAAAGAAGUCCUACCGAAGUUCAUUAAAAUUUCGGCUUGAUGUAUUUUCAGUAAUUCCAUUUGAUGUUUUAUACGUUAUAUUUGGAAUCAGUGCAAUAUUUAGAGUAAACAGGAUAAUGAAGUAUCUCACAUUCUUUGAAUUCAAUGACAAGUUAGAGGCAGUAAUGGAUAAAGCAUACAUCUACAGGGUCAUUCGAACUAUUGGAUACUUGUUGUUUGUCUUGCAUAUUAAUGCAUGCAUAUAUUACUGGGCUUCAACCUAUCAAGGACUUGGUAGUACCAAAUGGGUGUAUGAUGGCGAAGGAAACAUGUAUCUAAGAUGUUACUACUGGGCUGUUCGCACUUUGAUUACUAUUGGUGGACUACCAGAACCAGUCACUUUGUUUGAAAUAUGCUUUCAACUUACGAAUUUUUUCUCAGGUGUCUUUGUAUUCUCCAGUUUGAUUGGCCAGAUGCGUGAUAUUAUUGGAGCAGCAACAGCAGGGGAAAACUAUUAUCGUGCCUGUAUGGAUGACACAGUUGCUUACAUGAAUACUUAUACAAUUCCAUGGCUUGUUCAGAAUCGUGUUCGAACAUGGUAUGAGUAUACGUGGGAUUCACAAGGAAUGCUAGAUGAAUCAGAAUUACUGGAGCAGAUGCCUGGAAAAAUGCAGCUAGACAUUGCAACUGAUGUCAAUUUUGCUAUUGUCCGGAAAGUCGAUUUGUUCAAAGAAUGUGAAUCCCAAAUGAUAUGCGACAUGUUGCUGAGAUUGAAAUCCAUUGUGUAUUUACCUGGUGACUAUGUGUGCAAAAAGGGAGAAAUUGGUAGAGAAAUGUAUAUCAUUAAACAUGGUGGAGUUCAAGUACUUGGAGGUCCUGAUGGCACUAAAGUCCUAGUCACCUUGAAAGCUGGAGCUGUGUUUGGAGAAAUCAGCCUAUUAGCAGCCAGUGGAGGAAAUCGGCGAACUGCAAAUGUGAUUGCUUAUGGAUUUGCCAAUCUUUUUAUUCUUGAUAAGAAGACACUGAAUGAAAUCCUUGUGCACUAUCCUGAAUCUGAAAGGCACUUGAGAAAGAAGGGAAAAGCACUUUUGAAGAAAGCAGGAAAACCUACUGGACCACCAGCACCAUCUGUAAAGGGUCUAGCUCUCCUUAUGGCUAAAGCGGAAGCACCUAUGAUGCUCAAAGCAUUAACUGGUGGGAAAGGAGGCAUUUUAGCCGCAAUUAGCAGGGUGAAGAAAGAGAACGAGGCCCUGAAAGAAAAGGAAGCCCAGGAAGAACGGGAAAAGAAAGAGAAGGAAGAAAAAGAAAAGGCAGAAAAAAAGAAGACAGAAAAUGCCAAGCCAAAUCCACAGGGGGAAAAACCAGCUGAAGAUCCCAAGACUAAAGUCCAAGAAACCAAAGCUGAGUCCUGUGCUCCUAAAGAAGAGGCAGUCACAAAACCUUCACCACAGCCAUCAAUGCUGUCGGGCAUCAAUAAAGAGUCGCUUGUUAUCAGCAUGACUCCUUCAAAUGUAGCAGGGGAAGGAGAGAUCCUUACUGUUGAAGUCAAAGACAAAAAGGCAGCUUAA